UUAUUUGCGUAUAGGCGGAGCCCAAUUGAGACCUCGUUCAGGUCUUGGUUGUUGUCGCUGUAGAUAAAUUUAAACAUCUGAUAAGACUUGAUUAGAAAAUCAAAUUCAUAAAUUAAGACUAUAUCGUAUCUCCGCUGUCAGAUGCACUGAGCACUGUCCGACCGCCCUCGUUGCCAUGAGUAACAGCCACCCUCUGCGCCCCUUCACCUCGGUGGCAGAGAUCGACCAUGUGCACAUCCUGUCGGAGCAUGUUGGCGCGCUGAUCCAGGGAGAGGAGUACAGCGACGUCACCUUCAUUGUGGAGAAGAAGCGCUUCCCCGCCCACAGGGUCAUCCUGGCUGCACGCUGCCACUACUUCAGAGCUCUGCUAUAUGGAGGGAUGAAGGAGUCACAGCCCCAGGCAGAGAUCCCUCUAGAGGACACCACAGCGGAAGCGUUCAGCAUGCUGCUUCAGUACAUCUACACGGGGCGUGUGUCUCUGAGCAGCGAGCGAGAGGAAGUGCUGCUCGACUUCCUGAGCCUGGCACACCGCUACGGGUUCGAGCAGCUGGAGGACUCCACCUCGGAGUACCUGCGCACCAUCCUCAACACGCAUAAUGUGUGCCUCAUCUUCGACGUGGCCAGCCUCUACUCCCUGCGCAAGCUCAGCACCACCUGCUGCACCUACAUAGACCGCAACGCUCCUGACGUGCUGGCCAGCGAGGGCUUCCUGUCCUUGUCCAAGCUGGCCCUGCUCACGGUGGUGCAACGGGACUCAUUUGCAGCCCCGGAAAAGGAGAUCUUCCAGGCGCUGUGUCGCUGGUGCCGCCACAACUCUGCAGAGAAGCCAGAGGAGGUGAUGGGCACAGUGCGGCUGCCAUUGAUGAGCCUGGCAGAAAUGCUGAAUGUGGUGAGACCGUCUGGGCUGCUGUCCCCCGACGCCCUGCUCGACGCCAUCAAGACUCGGUCUGAGAGUAGGGACAUGGACCUCAACUACAGAGGCAUGCUGAUCCCGGAGGAGAACAUUGCCACUAUGAAGCAUGGUGCUCAGGUGGUGAAGGGGGAGCUGAAGUCAGCCCUGCUGGAUGGAGACACACAGAACUAUGACCUGGACCACGGGUUCUCGCGCCACCCCAUCGAGGACGACUGCCGCUCUGGCAUUGAGGUGAAGCUUGGCCAGCCCUCCAUCAUCAACCACAUCCGCCUCCUGCUGUGGGACAGGGACUCACGGUCGUAUUCGUACUACAUUGAAGUGUCGAUGGAUGAGAUGGACUGGGUGAGCGUAGUUAAUCACUCCAAGUACCUGUGCCGCUCCUGGCAGAACCUCUACUUCCCUCCCCGCGUAUGCAGGUAUAUCCGCAUCGUAGGCACUCAUAACACUGUGAACAAGGUGUUCCACCUGGUGGCGUUUGAGUGCAUGUUCACAAACCGGACCUUCACGCUGGAGAGAGGCCUAUUAGUGACCUCUGAGAAUGUGGCGACGAUUGCGGCCUGUGCCAGCGUGAUUGAGGGGGUGAGCCGGAGCCGAAACGCACUGCUGAACGGAGACACCAAGAACUACGACUGGGACUCGGGGUACACCUGCCACCAGCUGGGCAGUGGGGCAAUCGUGGUGCAGCUCGCACAACCCUACAUGAUUGGAUCAUUAAGGUUGUUGCUGUGGGACUGUGAUGACCGGAGCUACAGCUACUACAUAGAGGUCUCCACCAACCAGCAGCAGUGGACAAAGGUUAUCGACCGCACAAAGGGUGGCUGCAGGUCAUGGCAGACACUUACCUUCGAGAGGCAUCCUGCUUCCUUCAUCAGGAUCGUGGGGACACACAAUACCGCCAACGAGGUGUUCCACUGCGUUCACUUCGAGUGCCCAGCCCAGCUGGACUGCGAGGUGAAGGAGGGCAGUCCCGGAGAGCCUGGCCAGGACCUGUCUGUCUGCUCGCCACAGUCCCGGCCCUCGCAGCUCUCCAGAGCACAGAGCCUGCAGCCCCCCUCCCCCACCACCUCCCCUACCACCUCCCCCACCACUGCAUCGAGACCUCACUCACGCCACUGAGAGAUGAAAGAAGUGACUCAAACAUUGCAUGGAAACCCAGCUGCCAGCCAUGAUGUGCUCUUUGUUGAAAUAUUGUAUAUGUUGCUGUACUGUACAGGAGCCCUCUGGUCAACCUCAGAUUUUCUCAGGUCCAAUAGGCCUGUCUGUCUCUCUUGUUUUGUUUUGAUGUGCAUAAAACUGUCAGUGUCGCUACAGCCGGCUGCAGCUCUGCGAGGCUGGGAGUGAUGCGUUUUGCUUUUUAUAUGAAGGGUUAAAAUGAAAAACUGUUGGAUGCUGGUAGGAACAAAAAAACUGUGCGCCUCGGGGUCCUGGGAGGAUAGAUUUGAGGAGCUCAUCACUUAAUGCAAUCUAUACCUGCGUCCAUCUCCACAGAAGGGAUUUCCAGCAGGGAUUGAAGUAGUUGUAAACAAGGCUUCAGAAAAUUAACUAUUGGCAAAGACAUGCAUGCCAUCUGUAGUCCAGUCGGAGUGUUUUAUACUGUAGGAUGUGUGCUGUGUAAUUUUUCAUAUUUAAGUCUUUUCAACGUUCACUUAAAAUGUAAACUGAAUCGAACAUCCCUGGCAUCUAGUAACCUGGCUGUACCCCACAUCUGCCUCUUGGGGGUGGGUUCUGUGUGUCUUACUGUAGUACUGUGAAUACUAAUAAUUUUUUUCUCCAUCUCACUGAAAUACACUGUUUCCAGUGUGUGUGUAUGUUUGUCUCUGUGCGUGAGCGUGUCUAUGUCUAGGGCUUAGCAACUGAAUCCUCAUCAUGCAGCUCUUUCUCUUUUAAAUUCACUGAUAACAUGUCAAGAGACCUUGUUGCAUGAAAAAUGAUAGGGAGAGAGCUGUCCAUGAAGUCAGAUCAAUUAAAUUAAAAUCUUGCUGUGCGAAGUAAUCCAAGAUAAUCACCAUCUAUAGUACACAUUAGAAAGAGUGUCUCUGCGAGUUGGGGGGCUGAGGGAGAAGCAGCAUUUUAUAUUAAACAAGCUUCCACCGAAUAAUUAGCUUGUGGGCUGCACUGAGGGGGCUAUAAUUGCACAUCUGAUUGAUUCGCAUUGAGAAGCAUUGCUGUGUCAACAAGAAGGGCUGCAUUAAGCUUGCUGGUGUCACUGGGGGUUUGCUAGAGCCUGCAGGACUGUCCCGGUGAGGCUCCAAGCUAGAAAACUCUGCUCUGAUUGUAAAGCAGGGUUGGUAAUUUCCCAGGCUGAUGCAGUCACAAGGAUGAAGCGAGCGCAGAAGUCCUGAGAGAGAGAGAGAGUGUGAGUGCAGGAAUAUUAUCCACACACCAGCUUUACCUCCUGCAAAAAAGCACCGCUUGCAUAUCAUUAUUAUAAAUUGCCUUGCUAGUUUUUCCAUUUUUGUGAAUCCGUUUACUAAGAAAACAAAACCUGGUCAAGUAGUAACCUGAGUGUAGAAACAGUGAUUAAUAACCUUGUUUCUCUCAAAUAACAAUAUCCUGUAUGGUUUUUCUACUAAACAUCCAUUAAAAAAAGAAUACUCCA